CAUCGAGUCGACGUUCCAUUCUGCGCUGCGUUAACCGAAACGCCUCAGCUCGAGCGAGACAGAAACACGCCUCCCCCCUUCCCCUUCCCCUUCCCCUUCCUCUGCCCACGGAGCCCUAAUCGUCCGCCGAUCCCGCCCGGAGCCACGCAGCCGCGCCCGAUCCGCCGCCGCGCUGGCCUCCCCGCACCCCGAACCCUAGUAAUUCCGCGCGGGGUGGUGGGAUGGAGGAGCUGGUGGGGAGGGCGGUGAGGAAGGCGUUCCCGGGGUUCGGGACCUACGGGGGCGUCGUGGAGUCGUACGACGCCGAGGCGGGCUACUUCCGCGUGCUGUACGAGGACGGGGACUCGGAGGAGGUCGAUGCCGAGGAGAUGGCGGAGAUGCUCGUUGGCCCCGCGAUGCCGCCGGCGCUGCAGCAGACGCCGCCGCGGGGGGAUGCCGCGGACCGGAGGCCGAAGAAGCGGCGGCGCGGGGAGGAGGAGUCCCCCCCGCUGGCGGACGGCGUGAUCCUGGCGGUCCCCGCGGUGGGUGAGUCAUCGAAUGGGGAAAUCGAGCCCGCGACGCCGGCUGAGUCGAGCGGGGAGUUGGUGGCAGGGCCGGCGGAGAAGAAGCGGAAGGCCAGUCCCGCGCCCGAGUCGGCCAGGCCGCUGCGGAGGAGCGCGCGGCAAGCGAAGGCAUCGGCGCGGGCGGCUGAGAUGGAGGCCGCGGCUGCUGUAGCGGCUGCUGCGGACGCCGCUGAGGCUGAGGCUGAGGCUGCGGCUGCCGGGACGCCACAGAAGUCUGGGCGGAAGCGACCUCGUGCAAAUGGGAAUGGACGGUAUCGGUCCGUCUCCAAGGAUUUGGCGGAAGCUGCGGCGGAGAGGCUGUCUCUGAAGCCGGAGCUGCCGCAGUCGUCACAGGGUUUGGAUUUGGGGGGCCUCCCUGUUCUCGACCUCUUUCAAGUCUACUCCUGCUUAAGGUCAUUCACCAGGCAGCUAUUCCUGAGCCCGUUUCCACUGGAGACAUUUGUGGCUGCACUGCACUGCACGUAUGUGAAUCCUUUGAUUGACUGGGUGCAUUUCGCUCUGCUGCGAGCUCUGAAGAGCCACCUGGAAGAUUUCGCCAAUGAAGGAGAUCCUUUCGCGAUACACUGCAUUAGGAAUCUUAACUGGGAGCUUUUAGACCUAGCAACUUGGCCAAUCUUUCUUGCUGAGUACGUAUUAACCAGGGGCUCAGAAUUGAGGUAUGGUAUGAAGCUUACAGACUUAAAGCCAUUGAGUACAGAGUACUAUAGGCAACCUGCAGUGGUGAAACUCGAGCUGCUGCGCUCACUGUCUGAUGAUGUUCUGGAGAUUGGGGCUGUACGGUCAAGGAUGUCUGAGUCAGAUGGAAAUGACGAGGGAUUCAGAAGCUCAGGUUUAAGAAGAAAAAGGAGGGGUUCUUCUGCCAAGGGGGGAGUAGAUUCUUCUCUGCCUCCAGAAGGCUCCGAUGAUAUGGAUGAUGGUAACAGUGAUGAGUGCUUUCUCUGCGGCAUGGAUGGUAAUUUGUUAUGCUGUGAUGGCUGUCCGGCUGCCUUUCAUUCUAAAUGUGUGGGGGUGGUGGAGGAUCUAUUGCCUGAAGGUGAUUGGUAUUGCCCGGAGUGUUUAAUACAGAAGAACGAUGGAUCCAGGAAUAUGACAAAUUCUAUGAGAGGAGCAGAGGUUCUGGGAAUUGAUCCGCAUGGCCGACUAUACUUCGGCACCUGUGGCUAUCUUUUGGUGGUUGACUCAUGUACUGUGGAAUCCCCAUGUCAUUAUUAUGGUCAGAACGAUCUUCAUUCCCUUGUUACAGUGUUGAACUCAUGUCAUCCUUCGUACAGCUCAGUUGUUAAUGCAAUAUCUUUGUUUUGUGGUAUUGCAAUCGCGUCACCCAAUUUUAAUGGUCGGUAUCAGAGUAGCAAGGAAUGCAGUACAUCUGAUGCUGAGACGGACUGCAGACAUUUAUCACCAUUGAAGCAACCUAGUGAAUAUGAGCAGUUCAAGGUGGAACAGGAUAACUCCUUUGAACAUCUUUCUGGAAGUGGAAAUGAAACUACUGCUGAAGAGGUGUCGAGUCAAACACCUCAAAAUAGAUCUGCUAGUUCUAAGAAUGGUCACUGCGAUUCUCAGCAAGAUGUUACUUGUUCACAUGCUAAUGGUUUGUCUGCAAAGAAUCAGAAAGAUCCAUCACCUCGGAAAAAACCAAGUGAUUGCCAUCUCCAUUUAGACCCUGCUAGGUACAUAAACUAUUACAGUUUUGGUCAAAUAGCAGCUUCAGCUGCUGAAGAGCUAAAACACAAGCUGUCUGAAAAUAAGGAAGGGAAGAAACCUGUUCAGGAUGCACUCUCGUUCCAUCUAAGAACAAUAUGUAAGAAAUAUGCUAACAUUUUCGCACUAACUGAUCAAAAGCUUUCUGUCGAACUGCUUAAAGAAAAAUGUGGCUGGUGUAACUGCUGCCAAAUUAGUGGUGGUGUUGACUGCAUUUUCAGGGUAACUGAUGCUAAAUUUAUGCAAGGUCCUAAGCCACAUGCUUUUGAUCUCCGGGCAGAAAAAAAUAAGGAAAGCCAUAUCGUCCUUGCUAUGCAUAACAUUUUGUCAAUUGAAGAACGGUUGAAUGGUUUGCUGACUGGUCCCUGGCAAAAUCCGCAAUAUAGUGAUUUUUGGCGUAAGGCAGUUCUGAAGGCUUCAGAUGUAUCAUCACUGAAGCAGCCUCUUCUAAUGUUAGAGUCCAGUCUGCGACGUGUUGCCAUUUCUGUGGAAUGGCACAGACCGGCAGACUCUGUUGAAGUGGUUGGUUCUGCAGCUCAUAUCCUGGUCCGUUCAUCUAAUAAAUCUUUAAGCCAUGGAAGUGCUAAAAAACCAGGUAGAAAGCCAUCAUCUAAUGGUGAACUCAAAGUUGACUCUCGUGAUGUUGGUGUUUAUUGGUGGAGGGGUGGAGAAUUAUCUCGUCAAGUGUUUCACUGGAAGAGGUUGCCUCAGUCACUGGCCUACAAAGCUGCUCGGCAAGCGGGACGUAGGAAAAUUCCCACCAUUUUAUACCCCGAUGGUUCACAAUUUGCCCGGAGGUUCAAAUACAUAGCUUGGCGAGCUGCUGUGGAAAUGGCAGAAAACGUUGCCCAGCUCAUUUUGCAGAUUAAAGAGCUUGAAUGGAAUAUCAAGUGGACUGAGAUAUUGAGCACUCUCCCUUCCAGCCUUGCUACAAAGGAAACCCAGAAAAUAGCAAGGCUUUUUAAGAAAGUUAUAAUACGAAGAAAACGCAUAGAAGGAACAAAUGUUGAAUAUCUACUUGAUUUUGGAAAGAGAGAGAACAUUCCUCCUGUUGUUUCUAAACAUGGAACAAAAUUUGAGGAGCCCUCUAACGAGAGGAACAGGUAUUGGUUAAGUGAAGGCCAUGUCCCUCUGAAUCUGUUGAAGGCAUAUGAAGCCAAAGCUUUAGCUCGCUUACUGAAAAAGAGAGAAGCCGAUGAUCUUCCUAAGAAGACUAAGAAGAUGCGUGACUCCAAACCCCAAAAGCUAAAAAGAUCAGGGUUUGAUUACCUCUUCGAAAAAGCAAAAAAGCUGUCCAUCAGGCUUUGUGGUCAUUGUAACAAAGUAGUUAUUGCCAGUGAAGCCGUGAACUGCCAAUAUUGUGCAGCUCUUUUCCAUAAAAGACAUUUCAAGGUUCCUAGGGGUGCUGCUGAUGCUAUUUAUGUCUGCAACAAGUGUCUAGCUGAAAAGGUCUUGAAGGUGAAAUCUCCACAGAAAAAGGCUGCACCAAAGAGGACCUCUCCCAGAAAGAAGCAAAAGAAGCAAUCACACAAGAUUGUGACUAGGAGAAAUCAGAUAGUUUUCAAAUACAAGAAAACUGGCAAAAAGGGUAAGCGUGGUCGGCCUAGAAAGAACCCACUGAAUUUAUCAAAGAAAGAAUCACCAAAGAUGCCUGAGAGUGAACCAUCAAAUGUGCCCAAGAAUGAACAGGUGAAACGUAUAUCAAGACGAUUGUAUGAUAAGUACAUGAAAGGCAACUCAAAUAUAUCUGAGCAGGCUGCUAGCUGUUCUAAGAGGAGGAGAACUGCUUUGCAUUAUUCAUACUGGUUAAAUGGUCUUCAAUGGACACAAAAUCCAGAUGAUGAACGAGCAAGAAGUUUUAGGAAAGAAAGAGUUGUUUUUCCAUCCGAAGAUGCUGAAACUUCUGAAGUCAGUCCAGUAUGUUGUUUGUGUGAGAAAUGCUAUAGCGAAGAGGCUAUUUAUAUUGCCUGUGAAAAAUGUGAAGAUUGGUUUCAUGGGGAUAUAUAUUCUAUUACCCUUGAGAAUGUAAACACUCUCAUAGGCUUCAAAUGCCAUAAAUGCCGUCUGAGAGAUGUACCUGUCUGUCCAUAUGCACAAAAUGGUACAAUUCUGGAAGCUCAGUCAGAUGAGGAACACUGCAUCAACAAGUUUGUAGAGGACGAGGACCACAACUGUCCAGAAGAUCUUGGUGCCUAUGGUAAUCAGAAAGACCUUCAGGAUCAUAACAUCGAUAAAAGGUUCAGCGGUCAUAUUACUGAGAAAGAGCUCAAAGAUCAUGAUUGUCUGAAGGAGCUGAAUCAUCAUAGUAAUCUGAAAGAGGUUGGCAGUCAUAGCACCGGGAAAGAGCUGGAUGAUGAGAAAAGUUUGGAAGAGCUAGAUGCCCAUAAAAAACUGAAAGAGCUUGACAGUCCUGGCUCUAAGGAGCCUGAUGCUCAUAAUUGUCUGAAAGGGCUCGACUAUCACAGCAAUCUGAAAGAGCUUGACAGCUAUAGCGCUGAAAAAGAGCUUAAGAAUCACCAUUGCCUGAACGAACUGGACAGCCAUAAUAAUCUAAAUGAGCUUGGCAACCAUAACAGUCGAGAGGAACUUGAUGGUACCGAAAGUAGCAAGUUUGCUGUUGAAGAAACACAAUGUAUGGAAGAACUGGACAGUUUUGAUAGUCUGAAGCUUGAUAAUCAUAACAUUCUGGAAGAGCUUGAUAAUCAUAACUGUCCAAAAGAGAGUAAUAAUCAUAACAGUUCGAAAGAGCUGGACAAUAAUCAAAGUCCAGAAGAGUUUGAUAGUACUGAAGGUAGCAAGUUUGCUUCUGCAACAACACAUUCAGGUGACUUUCUAGCUGAACACUUCAGCAACAUUAGGAUAUCUGGCAAAGAGGCACUGAUCAUUACAUCUGAAACUGGUUCAGUAAAGGAAUCUCUUGCUUUGCAGUCCAAGGAUGAUUCUGAGAACUCUGUUCCCGCUGAGCAUGACAUUGACAUUCAGGUGGUGGUGACUUUAUAGUGUACUGUGGACAGUCAAAGGAAACUUGCAGCCCCAGCAUGAGUGUCCUUAGUAUUGACAUCCAAUGUUCACUUCUUGCUGCUGCACUGGUUGAAAUUUCCAUUGACUGUCAAUUGAAUUGCCUCGCAGCUUGGUGCCAUUGGUUCUAUAGGAUCUUACAUUGGGAAUUCAACCCAAUAAUCUACAAAAAGGGAAAAGCUAGUUUUUGUUGUUUCCUUCGGGAAAUAUGCUGGUCUGACAAGCUAACGUUGGAAUAAUUGACUCUGAGGUCAAGUUAUAACAUUCUCGAUAGGGCUGACAUAGGGACUAGUUAGGUGCCAUUUCCUUCCCACGCUUCACUCUACCAGUCAGAAUAUGGUUUUCACAUUGCACUUUCCUGAUAUUAUGCAUUCAUUUGGAUAUCUCCAAGUAUAAAGGGCUGGUAUCUGGUUGCCCUGCAUUAACACAUGA